ACCAGGGACUCCAGUGUGUGUUUUUAUUUCAAAUCCACCUUAUGAAAGAGCCCAGUGGGCAACGUGUGUUACAAAUACAUACAUUUACUUAGCUUCCAAAGGAAAGUUCUCAUGUGUAGAGAAACAUGCAACAUUUUGUUAUUAUCAGUGCAUGCUCGAGGAUCAUAAAGUUGAAUCAGGAACUGUUUCUGAAGAUUGUGAGUGUAAUGAAAACCAAACCCUGCCAAUCAAUGAUCUUCCCAGCUGGUGCUACAGUCCUUCUGGAGAUAAUUGUUCCUGGUACUCUCAGUGUCUAGAGAAAAAAUUCACAUGCCAAGACAUGCAUCAAACAUCAUACGCCAUUAACAAUGGUGUUAGGUUUUGCCAGCUGUAUCAAGAUCACUUUCAGCAGUUCUCACCAGCAGGUCAGAAAUGGAUCAAUAGUGUUCGUGAAUGCCUACAGGUGGCAUUAGUUUACUUCUUGCGUCCUUUUCAAAAAGUAACAUGCAAUGAAAUACAACAAAAAGCAUUUGAUUCUCAUGUAGAUUGCUAUGUGAAUCCAAAUAAAGAUGUGCCAUCCUUCUGUUCUUUACCAAACCAUGACAGAUUCAAAGCCCUUUUUACAGUAGGACCUGAACUUUAUUCAAAUUGUGUAAACAAAGUAUAUCGGGAGGCAUGCGCAAAUAUCUAUGAAUCGGCCAAACAAUUGGUGAACGUAGCAUAUAUUAGUUGCCCUAUUCAUGCAACUGAUGAUUUAAUUAAGAAUAUCCAGAUCAUAUUUUCGAAAUCCGUUGAGAAAACAAAAAGAUAUCGAAGAUCACCUACACCAACGGACGACUACGAUGCAGGAACAGACCUGAUAGUUACAAUUGAGAAAAGAUUGCGAUGGAAGCUACGCGGAGUCACGUGGAUAGGGUAUUUUCAGAAUAGCACAUUGGACACAUUAAACGAAAAAAUAAACAGUUUUCGAACAUUUCAUAUAUUAUUAGCACCAAGCAAAUUGUACAACUUGAACUAUAAGACGAAUGUUACAUUGGAAAUAAACAUGACCGAAAUUUUGAACGAAGUAACUUUUUCAUUCAAGAAUGGUAGCUUCACGUCAAAUAUGAUAAAUGGGAUUUCCAUUGAAAAAUAUUAUGUUUGUGGAAAUAGGAACUGCUCCGAAAUUACAGUAGAAGUGAAACCAUUAACCUCCGUCGUCACAAAAGCCCAAAAAUAUACAUUUUGGACAAUGGAGAAUGAAAUCUUAGAAGUAAAAUGUGAUGGCCUCUGUAGAGAAGGAAUCUACAGGAAGGCUUAUCUGAAAACAUUGAAAAAAGCAAACGCCAGGGAUACAGGGAUAUCUGAAAGCAGGCGUACCACAUCAGGCGAAGGCUACCAAACGUCAGAACUAUUAAAUGGGUGGAAUCGAGAGACUAAAGAGAACAAUGCCAGGGUUAAUCAGACUCAAUGUCAAGAAACUGGUCGAAAAAAAGCUAGGUCACAUGGAUUGUAUGAUCGAACAAUCCAUCGGUCUGAGCAAAUGCUGCGACAACCACGGCUUCACGAAUGCAAGAGUGCAAAUACAACAGAAACAAACUCUGUGGCCUCUAAAGACAUACAACUUUUUGAGACCAGACACGUGAAAAAAUGGAGUCUUUCAUAUAACUGUACCGGGAUACAGCUACGGCUACAGACAAGAGAAGAGGCGGAUUACUGUCCAGUACCAUCUUACACCAAGACCCAGAUGUAUAUCCUGCAAACUCCCCCAAAACACAAUGGGGAAAGAAAAUCAAGACUGAUAUUUUGA